CCCCAUUGUUGGAAUCAGUUGAUUUGGCCGAUGCGACUACGAAGAUCAGGUUACGAAGUCUCCAGCUAUAAGGGUCUACGUUAUCUGUAAUAGAAACAUCCGUCGUUAUGAGACUGUUAGUCUUGUUCGUGGUUACUUUAUUCUCUGUCCGGAGAGCUUCUGGGGCCGAAAAGGGCAGCCAACUAGGGAACAAGAAGACUCUGAUUGCUGAGCAACCAGAGUGUGCUGAAGAUGUGAGAAAAAUCUGCAAAGACCAGGUUUCCAACAAUCUCAACGUCUUGGAAUGUCUCCAGAAUUCUCAGCUGAUAUGGAAGUACAAGCACGACCUCACACACAGUGAUCGCUUUCAAGAUGCAGCUCUGGACCUUUGCAAGGGGGAUCUUGAAAAAGUGCCCUGCAAACCUGAGAACAAAGACAACUUUAUAUCCUGUCUCCUUGAGCACAAGUUCAACAUCACAAGCUUCAAGUGCCAUCAGUUUUUGGGAAAAGUUGCUACCAUCAUCUUCUCCGAUUAUAAUAUGAUCCAAAAGUUUACAGAUUCCUGUCAGAAUGAUAUUGAGAAACUCAAAUGUGGACGGAUGAACUUUGAUGAAAAUGCUUUGCAUAGUCAAGGGAGAACCAUUUCAUGCUUGAGUCAACACUUUGAAGAUCUAUCCAACAAUUGUCAGCAUGAAAUUCUUCGGAUUGCAGAGCUGCAGUCUGAUGAUUUCCAUCUUGAUAGGCCAUUGUACUUUGCAUGCCGAGAAGAUAGGGAGAAAUUCUGUGCUGAUGUCCAUGCUGGUGAAGGGCGAGUUUACACUUGUUUACUCAGGAACAAGAACAAGAAAGGAAUGUCAGAUGAGUGUAAGGAAAAGCUAUUCCUGAGGGAGAAACUCAUCAUGCAGGACUAUAAAAUCAGCCAUGGUCUGGUGAAGGCAUGUCGACAGGACAUCAGGAAUAAUCAGUGCCGUCGAGGAACAUCUUCUAACCGAGAGAUCAAGUUGGCACAAAUUCUUAUUUGCUUGGAGGGUGCAACACUUAAAGGGAAACAUGUAGCAGGAGAAUGUGAAGCAGAAAUGGCUCUUCAUCGUCGCAUGUUAUUAGAAGAUAAAAACCUCACUCCAGAUCUACUGGCUGCAUGCUCGGAAGAGAUUGAAAACUUCUGCAACUCACAUUCAAUAGAUGGCAGUAUCCUAUCUUGCCUAAUGGACCAUGCAGUGCCCUCUCACCAGAAUUUCAGUGGAACGGGGGGCUACACUGUUGGGCCCCAAUGCAUAAGACAGGUUGAAGAUCUACUCAAAGUGACAGAUGCAUCUGAGGAUUGGCGAGUAGAUCCCAUACUGGAAGAAUCAUGCCAGAGAGUUGUAGACAGCAGUUGCUCUUCUGUACAGCCUGGAGAAGGCCGAGUCAUUCAGUGCCUCAUGACUAAGCUGAACUCCCCGCAUAUGGAGCCUGCAUGUAAAGCAGCAUUGUUGCGCCUGAUGUAUUUUGUUGCUCGAGACUUCUCAUUGGAUGCCCAGCUUUACAAGUAUUGUCACAACAAUGCAGAAAAGUUCUGCAAUGCGAAGAAAGAUUGGGCUGAAGUGACUAAGACUACUGAUCCUGAGCGAGGCUUGGUCACUCUGUCUUGCUUGUAUCAUGUUGCCUAUCAUCCAACCAAGGAGAAGAAGCUUGAUAAGAAAUGUGCACCAGAGGUGAAAAGGGUCAUGCGACAGAGAGCCUUAUCUGUGGAUCUAAACCCAGAGGUUGAAGAGCAGUGCCUCCCUGAUCUAGCAUCAAAGUGUUCCUCAGAUAUAGAAGAGGGAGAUGAGAUGGAAUGUUUGCAGGAUAACCUAGAAUUCUUGGAGGAAAAAUGUCGCAUUGCUGUGAAGAACUUCACCAUUGAGGAGGUGGAACACAGGGAAUUGAAUCCAUCCCUCACUUUGCACUGUGAUGAUAUCAUAAAUAGGUAUUGUGAGGAUUACUUAGAUGAGGAUUCUGAAAAUGGAGAUGUUCUGGAAUGCCUUAUUGCCCACAAGAGAGAGUUUGAAGUUCGAACAUCUCCCAAGUGUCUGGCAACCAUUGAGCAUUUCCAACUCAUCUCACUGAAGGACUACAGUUUCAGUCCAAAGUUCAAGGAAUCAUGUGAUCAUGAUGUCAUGCUGCUCUGUCCAGAUCUGAUGCAGCAUUCUAGUACCAGGCACAAAGCAGAGAUAGUGGCUUGUCUGAGCGGAAAGAUAUGGCAAGCAGCUAUUGAGGGCAAGAAGCCAGAACUUGGUCAUAAAUGCCUAGAUGAGCUGAGAUCUCAACUCCUCCAGCAGCAGUCAGACAUUCGACUGAACCCUUUUCUUCAGCAAAGUUGUCAAACUGACAUUGAUCAUUAUUGCAAGGAUGUUGCACACACUGAAGGAAAGGUUCUUGAAUGUCUGAGAGAGAACAGGAAGUUUUUGACGAAAUUGUGCCAGCAGGAAAUUUUCAAAGCUGAUGCCAUAGCUAUGGCUGAUAAUCAAUUGGAUUUUGCCUUGGUGACAGACUGCAAGCACAUGAUCAAACGUUACUGCAGCCAAGAAGAUAAUGAUCACCUAUUGGAGUGCCUAAAGUCACACAAGGAUACUGCAGAGUGGGUAAACUUUGACCAGAAAUGCAAGCGUAUCAUUGCAACUCGAAUGAUUGAAAGGAGCAGUGACAUUCGGCUCAAUCCUUCUCUUCAUAAGGCCUGUGACUUAGAGAUGACCAAGUUCUGUGCCAAAGUCAUUCUCAAUGAGAUUGAAUUCUCAGAGGGAAAGAUGGUUGCUUGCUUGAGAGAUCAACUCAUUGCCAAGAAGCUACGACCUUCAUGUGAGGAAGAACUGGCCAAUCUCAUGAAGGAAUCGGCAUUGGAUAUCAGACAAAAUCCUACUCUCAUGAAUGCUUGUAAAUUUGAGAUCAAGAUGUGCAUAAAUGGAGCACAGAAACUUGAGGAAUAUUCAGAAGGUGAAAUAGAGGAGUGCCUGAAAGCACAGUUUGUGAAGCAUGCCAUCAUAAAUGAUACAUGCAAGCAAGAGGUAGCUAAACUGGUUGAAGCAGGCGAGGCUGACAUCAUGGCAGAUCCUAUCCUGUAUCGGGCCUGCUCUCAAGAUAUUCAUUCACACUGCCCAGGAAUUGAUCAUGGACGGGGUAGAUGGCUGUCGUGUUUAUUGAAUGUCUUGGAUGAAAACCAAGAACAUUUGUCCAGUCCCUGUAGUGAGAAGCUGAUAAGUCGGAAGGCAAUGUUUGAGUAUGCUGCCAAGGUGGCACCCAUAGCUGUGGAAACAGUUCAAGAGCUUGUCAAUCAGGCAUGGUCCUCACCCUCACGCAGCUAUUUUCUCAUUGUCUUGACUGUAUUUGUUGCUUUUAUAUUCCUUGGAGGACUCUUCUUUGGCCGUGCCACAAAACGACUGAGAGCGGAGCUCAAGAACAAGUGAAUUUAGUCAGUGCAAGUGUAAAUAAUCACCGAAGGAAAGUAUCUGUGAUGUUAUUUCCUUUUUUGACAUUCAGUCUGUUAAUGAAGAUAUUGUUCAGCUCUUAAGAAUGUCACCAGUUUUGUACCUCUGCUCAAGUGGGAGACAUGUUGGUGUCACUAUUGUGAUAUUAUUCAUGGUAUCAUUGGCAUCCUGGAUCAGAAAAAAGCUGAUUAUCUUAUCAUUAAAGUUUACUUCAAUGUUUAGAUAAGAAACAUUUCUCCAUGCUGAUGAAAAAAGUAUCAUCCCUGGCUGGUACCCAUUUAUUAAAUGAACAUCAUCUAAGGUACACCAAUGUACAGAAAUCUCUUCAUCUAAUUUGGAAUUAUGUCAUUUGGUUAAAACAGUAAUGCAUGGAGGUUUUAAUCUCCCUGAGGCAAGACAACUCGGAAUGAAUUCCCCACCACCACCUAGGGUGACCAAUUUGUGAGACAGUUCUAAAUUUUGAUUUUCUCUUAAACUUCAGGCAACCACACUCAAACUGCAAAAAAUAUCCUGCAUUGCAAAAAAAUUACUGCAUUACUUGCAUGCCUGUGUAAUGCAUUUCAUAUGUAUGUAUUGUCUUUACAUGCAUUGUCCUUGUGGGUUCUUCAUGCUUAUGCACCUUACCAUUAAGUGCACAUUGAAAUGUCCAUUAUGUGGACACCUUAUGACAGACAACCACCAUCCCAAUGAAAGUGAAGUGACUGCCACACUGGUAUGGGUCAAUAUAGCCCUUGGUUAGAAGAAGACUGAGAUGUGAACAUAGAUGAAUAAUAAAUAGAGUAAAGCUUUGAAGAACUUAUAUGCAGCAGUUCAAUUGAUGAAGCUGAAAAAUUGGCUUUGUGAAAAUCCUGCAGGUCUGCCAAUUUCGUUGUGGUGAAACAUGUUUGGUGAGGAAACAGUAAGGGUGAAGACUUUGAUGGUGUGUCCUUCAAUGUUGUUGCAAACUCUUCAUUUCAGUUUUCAUGGAAUAUAUUAUGCAUACAUAUAAGUGGCCAUGCUUAGCAGUUUUCAAUGGAAUGUUCUAUUUUGAGUUUGAGAAAUUUUCCCCUAAAGCUGCAUUUAAUAGUUGCAGCAUUAUUAUUAUCAGUAGAGUAUGGUGUCACAAAGGCAUUCAGAAGAAUUGCUUGUUUUCCUCAAUGAAUCAGACAUUGUAGUGUCACAUCAAUAAUCAUGGAGCUCUGAUUUGAGGUGGGAUUAUGUGAUAGUCUUGUCAAAUAUAAAUUUGGCUAAGACCUACCUCUCCACAUUAGUAUACAUGGUACUGGGUCCUCUUAAUUGGUUCCCAGAGAAAGUGAUUUCAUGUGAUAUCCCUGCAGCGUUUUGAAUAAUUACCUUGGCGUAUUGCAUGUGACAAAGUCUCUUGACAAACAAGUGAACUUGGUCUGGAGUUGGAAAUUUAGCAAUUAAAAAGCCUUUUGUUGCAUAGAAGGGACUGCAAUAGAUGCUAUGAGCAGUUUUACACUGCUUUGGUGAGUCUAGUAUGAGCAUAAUGCCAGUUUCCUGAGCUUCAAGUCUGUGACUUUGUGUCCUGCUCUAAUGCUUUUUCUUUCAAGAAUUGAUUUUUCUUCAAACAUUUCCAUACAAUGUUUAUGGAUCUCUGGAUAUGUUGAAUUUUUUUUACAACUUUCUUGUACCAAUAAUUACUCUAUGUAUUCCAUUAAAGAAUUGGUUGAAUUGCAAUGAUCAAAAGUUCCAUACCUCUUGAUGGUUUUACCUAGGAAUAUUUUGAUUUGCUUUUGUAUUGAUAUGUUUCUUUGUUCCCUUCUCAUAUUACAUCAGAUUCAUCCUGAAUGUAUAAGACUUUGAUCUAAGAUCCAUAUAAAAUGACAUCUGCUCAUCUUGGGGCAUUUGACUACCAUUGGUUGCAAUUUAAAUGUACUUGAGGUGAGCUUCUUAUGGACAGUAAAAUUGAAAGUUGUUUCACUUAUAUUUUUGUAUCUUGUCAAUCCUCCUGCAGUUGAACCUGCAAUUGAAUCCUCUUUAACUCUUCCCCUGACAUUUUGUGAAGCGUCUUACCCCAAGAACAUACAUAUUUCCUGGCCUGCAGACAUGGGAAAUUGCAUCCAUUCGUAGAAAUGGACGUAGAGAUCAAGCUAGUGAAUGGAUUUCAGCCAAAUUUUUACAGAAGCAACACAAAUUAUCAUAGAACAAAAAUAUUGGUGAAUGUUUGAUGUCAUUGUAGGAUUAACAGGGAUCAUGAUUUGCAGGAUUAUUUCCUCUACUCACUACAUUCUAUCACACUGUCAAUCCAGGCCAAAAAAAAAAAUGUCCU